UGCGAUGUUUUGGCAGCUCUAGAACUCUCCAAUUUGACAAUUGUGAGGAAUGAAUACAAACAAACACUCACGCAGUGCAUUCAGUAGGCGAGCGUAAUAAAUAUGUGGGAGAAUUCCCACAUAUAUAUAGUAUUCAGUGCCAGUGCCGAGAACUCGGAUCGAACACGGACGCGUCGUGCACAUAUGCGUGAAAAACUAGCUGGCAACAACGGGGGCGAGUCCAAAUGCGAAGAAAAGCCAGUGAAUCGCGCGGCGAGUAAAGUGAAUAAAUUCGGUGCAGACCACUGCCGUUUCGGGGCGAAUAAUGUCUGCGUCUGUGAUAUGUGUUGACUUGAGCUCGGAGUCUGAUGAAGAGUCGCCAGCCAAAAGACGACGACUCGAGGAUCCUUUGGGACUACUAACGCCAUCCGGUAGGCAAAGUUUGCCUGCCAAACUUCUGAACAUACCAAAAGCCUCCCUGGCAUCUCCGAUCGGAGUGCCAGUAGUAGGAACCGGACCUGCAAGGGAUCCGGUCAUAGCGGAUCCACUCCGAUCCAUGCACAUCCCCAGUGGAAUCACCGUCACCAAGCACCAGAAGAAUGUCCUCACCACAAAUGGAAACCUGACCAUUUCCCUGGCAGAGAGCAACAACAACACCACCAGCUUCAACAACAAUGUGACCCCGAAGCAGAUCAAGAUUGGCACCGGCCAGAAAGUGGCCUGGUCGGUGAGCAACAAGGCGCCCAGUCCGAAUGCCGUGAUAACCACCGUGCCCAGCCACCAAGUGAGGGUGACGCCGUUUAACCAGAUACGGCUUGCACCCGGGUCAAAAAUCAUCCCGGCGUCGAAAGCAAUGCCGGCAAAGAUUCAACCCGUUCUUGGGAUAGGUCAGCCUCAGCAACAGCCACAGGCCCAGCAACCGAAGGCCAUAAUAUUGGGUGUUACGAAGCCCAAAACUGCGGUGGGUCAAAUGGCGCCGCAGCAGCAGAAGGCGCUAUCGCUCCAGGUUCAUCAGAAAUUAGUUGCAGGACAGCAGCAACAUAUAGCUUCACUGGGUCAAUUGCAGCAGCUACAGUUGCAACAGCCGCAGCCACUUAGACCGGUGGGUAUUCAGCUGCAGCAGCAACCGAAACCACUGGGAAGCCCAUUGCCAACGCAGCAACCGAAACCACUGGGUGGCCAAUUGCCUACGCAGCAACCAAAACCACUGGGAGGCCAACUGCAAACGCAGCCAAAACCAUCGGUGGGAUCGCCACAACAGCCUGUUAAACAGAAUACGGCGAUUGGAGUACAGAUUCAGCAAAUACCAAAGGUUUUCGUGGGACAACAGCCGCAGAAGGUGUUCCUGGGGCAACUACAACAGCAGCAGCAGAAGGUGUUCCUAGGACAGCUGCAACAGCAGCAACAAAAUACGUUCCUGGGGCAACUACAACAGGAGCAACAGAAGACGUUUCUGGGUCAACUGCAACAGGAGCAACAGAAGAUGUUCCUGGGGCAACUACAAAAACAGCAGCAGCAACACCAACAGCAGCAACAGAAGAAGAUCGUCGGUCAAUCACCACAGCAAAAGGUUCCUUUGGGGCAACUACAACCACAGCAGAAGCUACCACAACAACUGAAGAAUUCACUGGUGCAACCAAAACAGCCACCCCCACAGCAACAGAAACCUUUAGUGAGCCAACAACAACAAAAAACAUCAGUGGGGCAAAUCCAGCAACAGCAGAAGAGUUCACUUGUGCAGCUACAACAGCAACCACAAGUGCAACAGAAAACUUCUGUGAUCCAGCAGCAACAGAAGACAUCAGUGGUGCCAAUCCAGCAACAGCAGCAGCAGCCACCACAGCGGAAGAAUUCACUGGUGCACCUACAACAGCAACCACCACAGCAACAGAAGACUUCAGUAGGGCAACUCCAGCAGCAACCACAACAGCAGCAACCACAACAGCAGCAACCACAACAGCAGCAGAAGACUUUAGCGGAGCAACUCCAGCAGCAAGCUCCACAGCAGCAGAAGACUUCAGCGGGGCAACUUCAGCAGCAACCUCAACAGCAGCAGAAGACUUCAGUGGGGCAACUCCAGCAACCGAAAACUUCAGCGGGGCAACUCCAGCAGCAACCACAACAGCAGCAGAAGACUUCAGCGGGGCAACUCCAGCAGCAACCACAACAGUCACAGAAGACUUCAGCGGGGCAACACCAGCAGCAACCAAAACAGUCACAGAAGACUUCAGUGAAGCAACUCCAGCAGCAACCAAAGUCUUCAGCGGGGCAACCCCAGCAGCAACCUCAACAGCAACAGAAGAAUUCAGUAGGGCAACAGCAGCAAAAAACACCAAAAGCGGCCGUAGUGCAACCGGCUACACCUCAAAGGUUACAACAGCAACGAGCAGCCCCAGGGCAACAGCAAAAGUUACCCGUCGGACAGCCCCAGUCGCAGCAGAGAACAAAUGUAGGCCUAAUUCAACAGCAACCGGUGCCACAGAAGAAAUUGGUAGGGCCAAUACAGCACCUACUAAAGAAUCCUUUGGUCCAAGCGCAGCUUCCAAAAACAUCGGUGGGCCUGCCGCGGCAACAACCUCUCCCGCUAAAUCCCUUGCUAGUGGCCCAACAGCAAUCACCAAAGGCGCAAUUGGCUAUACAAUUGCUAAACUCUGUGAUGGGCACACAGAUUCCACCGCAGCAACCGUCGCUUCCAGUUGUCAAUCAAAUAACACACAAAUCGAUGACAAUUCAGAGACUUCCCAUGUUACAGACUCCGCCUACGGGUCAAAAAAUUCUGCCAAAACAGAUAACUCCGCAGCAGACGCCACCACCCGCUCAUAUAGUACAAAAGCAGAUAAUGCCAAACGCGGCAAUGCCAAAUCCUCCGUUCGCACACCGUCCACCGAUAGUGAGACCCAUGACGGUAGCCAAGAUCACGCCUGUGCCUGCAAACAGCAAAGUCUGCUACCCAAUGAAAUCACAGGUAGCUAGAGCUGUCAGUCCCACAGCCGCAACUAUGACUGCAGCUCGUACUUUGCCCUUUAGAAGCUCACAGCACAAGGCAUCUGCGUCACCAAUGACUUCCACGCAUGUCCAGGGAUUCACAGCCAGUGCCGCACCUCCACAGCGCCUUCUGGCCACUCCACCGCAUUGUGCCGCGGCUUUGAAUGAGCCGCUGUUGUUAAACUUGCCGCCCACCACUAGCAUUACGCCCCAGCUAACGCCUACAACAACACCACCGCCCGCUGGACCAUCGGCUGGAGUUCAGCAACAGCAGCUUGCCAAGGCGGCAGCGUUUAAAUUGAAUUCGUUGCCCGGCGCGAGCAUUUCUCCAGUGAUUAGGACUCCUACGGCAAGCGUCAAGCGCAUCCAGCCCAUUACCGUGCUCAAGAAAUCAGACGAGGAAUGGCGAAGGCAUCUUGAGCAGCAGCAGCAGCAAAAGCAUCGCGUACCAUUGCAGUCCUCCUCGACGCCAACAAUUGUCCUAGUCGAAUCACCACCCACUACGCCGCCCACGGAUAAGCCGGAGACGGAUGCCAGGGAGGCCAGAGACCAAGUAGGAAUGGGCAAAUCAUCGAUCAACCCGAUUCCAACAGAUAAAAAACCCAGAUCAAUGAAAAGACCUGCAGUGGUGAUUACUCCCCCAAAGAAAACAGUUCCUGUGGUCACAGAAAUAGUGGAUUUAGAUGAUAUACCAGAGACCCCGCCAGAGAAGCGAAGGAAAGAAUGUUACACUCCCAUUAUGCAUGCAAACGAGGCAUCACCAGCAGCGAAUGCUCCUUUUACAACGGAGUACGCGGCACUUUUGAGGCUGUGCCGCGAGGUGGACAAAUCGGAUGUCAUGGAGGGUCUGGUAAGGGGAAAGUUGACCCAGUAUUACUACAGUGUGCCCGAAAGCUUCGUGAUGUCAUGUGGCUUUCGCAAGCUGGUCACAGUGGCUAUGGCGAGGAUCAGAAACGAGUCGGACCUGGUGUACGUACAUCUAAAGUACGUGGUGGAUGAGCUUGCAGCGCGGAUGGUGGCCAAAAUGUUUCCCACAAUACGGGCAACGCCGCCAGCUAUCCAGUUCCCACUUCCAAGAACAUUCACACCCAAGCAGCCGGAGAUGUUCAAGGCCCCGGAGCAGAUUGGGAUGGUGGGGAAAGAGCAGGACGAUGAUGUAGAGGAGGUGACAGUGGUGCAUUUGGAGCCCGUUUCUCGCGAAGAUAAACGGAGGGAUGAGCGCAUACGCCACUUGAACCGCACGCUGCAUGCUAUUACUAAGCGAAUCAAGAUGUUGGACGAUGCUGAAGUGGACUUGAACGACGAGGACUCCAGCUAUCUUCAGGUGGAGCGCUUCAAAAAGCGCGCCUGCCAAAUCUAUGAGAAAAUCUGUGAUCUAACCGGCGAGAGCAAGAGUGUUCGUCGUCAGCUUAAGAAGCCCAUCCAAUUCAAGGAUACGAACUAUCCAUACUUCAAUCGCAAGCUUUCGGCUUUUGUCAACAAGUUGCAUGAGUUUCCCGACUACCACGAUGUGCUUCAAAUUCUGGAACAGUGCAACAAGGAAAAGGAACUUGGACUAGCCAAGUUCGAGAUAAAGAGAAUCGCCUACGAUGCCUUUAACAAAGUCGGUCGAAUGCUGCAGUCGCGUCGAAAAAAUGAUCUUUACGAAACCGUCACACAUUUUACGGCGAACGGAAAAGAUCCAGCGUCCAGUGAUCCUGAGCUGCUAGCCAAGCUGAAGGAAAACAACAAAAAGCAAACCAAAAUAAGUGAUGUCUUAGAAAAGUAUGCCCUCGAGCAGGAUCUCAAUGCGGAGGAGCGUCAGGAGGCGCGACUCAAGGAGAAAAAGUUGAAGCAGGUGAAAGCUGACGAGGAGGCCGCCAAGCUGGCAGCUUUGUCGCAAGACGAUGACCAGCCCUGCACAAGUGCUCAGGCAGCAGCCAAGGCGGCUGCUCUCGCCGCUUUAAAGAAGAGUCCAGCAGCUCGUGGAAAGGUGAUUGGAAGAAGGCGCCCCAUUAAUGGACGGAUCUUUAAUAUCGACGACGACGGAGAUGACUCGGAGGAGGAGUCGGACACGGAGGACGACGAUGUUGACGAAUUUGUUAAUAACUUCCAAGCGAACGGUGAUGUGAGUGAUGCCGACUCCGAAGUGGAAGCAGUUACAUCACCAAAGAAAGAUGCCUUGCCGCUCGCCGAGGAGGAUGUGAUAGAUAUAACGAGAGACGAGACUGGUAAAAAGAAUGACGAAGCCACGCCCAACGGCAGGCUUAAGAUUAUGUCCGUCUCUAGUCUGAACGCCAAUUUCGUCCAUGGGCAGGAUCCGCUCAGAAAACCCAAUCCCAUGCCGUGUGCUAAGCCUGUCAUUGCUGACCAGAUUAUCAUUUCGGAUGAGGAGUCAUAGAAACAGUUUUACCCGCAGCCCUAGUUAAGUUAUUUAUUCAAUAUGUUCAGUUUGUUUCUGAAUACGUUCGGUACACUACGUGUACCUUUUUCUACCCUCCUUACUAACAAAAAUGCGGUGGGAUCGAAUAGUUAUUUUCCAACAUCAAUUAAUAACUUGUUUGUGUUUAUCCAAAAGAUUAUAUAAAAUUCGAACGACUAUUGUUGUUUAAAAAUGACUGUCGCCCUUACAUUUUUGUGGUUGCUAUGUUACCAGUUCCACCACGCUUAUUUAUUGUAAAGUCCCCUACCUUUGGGUACAAGCCACAAAACUACGGUAGUGUAUAUACGGAAUACUACUAGUCUAAGUUAGUCGUAGAAAAUAAACAGAACGAUGAGA